UUCAGUCUGUCGGUUUGUCCCCUCACUGUUGAUGCUUAGUUGCUUGCUUGCUUGGCAGUGAGAAACGUAGUUAACUCAUCUCUUCUGCCCGCGCUCAUGGAGAUUAGAAGUUCCCUUCUUAAGCACUGGAUGAGAAUCCAUGAUUGGCAUGUACUUGGUUAAUGGAGUUCCAGCAGCCGCUCAAAUACGGCAAGAUAAAUCAUCUGAUACUUUCUUAUAUGUAGCAUGGAUAAUGGAGUUAUUUUUCUAAGGCUACGUGAUGUCAAUGUCAAGCGCUUAGUAUCUUUUGUUGCCAUCUUAACUGCUUUUCUGUCGCUCCUGCACUUACUAACAAACCCAUAUGGGAACUAUUCGUUAAUUCUCUCACAUGCAAAUGAUGGAUUAGUUUCUUUGGUCACUGGUAGCAAAGCCUUCUCCAACAACUCUAAAUUGGCUGAUUCCGAUACUACUCAUGAUGGUAAGGGUGAUAGAGAUGAUGCUUUUUCAUCAGAUGAUAUGAGACAGAAACAUGCUGAACUUGAAACGGAGGAGAAAAUUUUGUACCAAGGAUCCAUAUUUCAGAGAGAAGGGCAUGUGAACUUGAACAGAAGCACAACAAAAGGACCAUUUAGAGGUAUGAUCAAUAUCUCUGCUGGAAAACAUUGCCUUGAGUUGGGAUAUGAUGAGCGGAGAGAGAGAUCACGAACAGAUUUCACUGGUGGCUGCAGCCCAGAAGGAAGUGCUUGUAAUCAACAACUGACUAUUAGCAAGCAAACUAGUGUUCUUACCUUGGACCACAAGUUAGGCUCAGGAAAAUCAGUUCUUCCUGUGCCAACCAACUUGUCUUUGGCAUGUAAUAAUCCACCAAAGUUCAAAAACACUGACCAAGUGCAAAAUGGCUCACUUUUCUCAACCGAUACCUCUUUGAGGUCUGGUAAUCCUUCAUCGAGAAAGAGGGUGGAACAAGCUAUGUCAAUCACCCAUAUGAAUUCGUUAUUACUAAGUAAUUACGUUGUGAUUAAAUCAAAGAGGCCACGGUGGUCUUCUCUAAGGGAUCAGGAGCUAGAAGAUGCCAAAUUUCAAAUUGAAAAUGCUCCCCUACAAAGGAAUAUCUCAGAAGUUCAUUCUUCGCUUUUCCGGAAUUAUUCUAUGUUCAAAAGGAGUUAUGAACUUAUGGAAAGCACACUUAAAGUUUACGUUUACCGGGAAGGGGAAAAACCAAUUUUCCACCUACCAUAUAUGAGAGGCAUUUACGCUUCUGAAGGAUGGUUCAUGAAAUUGAUGGAGAGAAAUAAACAAUUUGUCGUGAAGGAUCCCAAAAAGGCUCAUUUGUUUUAUUUACCGUUUAGUUCGGUAAAACUUAGACAUGCACUUAAUGCGUCUGGUUUUGUCAGUCAAAAGAAUAUGGAAAAUCAUUUGAAGAAUUAUGUUGAUAUAAUUGCAUCUAAGUAUCAUUUCUGGAAGAAAAGAGGGGGAGCAGAUCACUUUCUUGUUGCUUGUCAUGACUGGGCCCCUCGGUUUACUAGGAAUAUUUUUGGAAGUAGCAUAAGAGUCCUCUGCAACUCCAACAUUGCCAGAGGCUUCAGAAUAGGCAAAGAUGUUUCUCUGCCAGUGACCUAUGUCCGCUCUGCAGAGAACCCUUUGAAGGAUAUUGGAGGAAAUCUUCCUUCAAAUAAACCCAUUCUAGCUUUCUUUGCUGGAGGGCUGCAUGGUUAUGUUCGUCCACUACUACUGCGACAUUGGCACAACAAAGAACCCGAUAUGAAAAUCAUUGGGCCUAUGCCUCGUGACAUUGAAGGUAAGGCAAGAUACAGGGAGUUUAUGAAAAGCAGUAAAUACUGCAUUUGUGCCAAAGGCUAUGAAGUCCACACUCCCAGAGUAGUGGAAUCAAUCUAUUAUGGAUGUGUUCCAGUAGUUAUAUCUGAUAAUUAUGUGCCACCACUCUUCGAAGUUUUCAAUUGGGAAUCCUUUGCUUUGUUCAUCGUGGAGGAUGAUAUACCAAAUCUGAGAAACAUACUCCUGUCGGUACCCCAAGACAGAUACAUGAUGAUGCAGAGCAGACUAAAAAUAGUUCGGCAGUAUUUCCUUUGGCACAAAAUUCCCGAGAAGUAUGACUUGUUCCACAUGAUCCUUCAUUCAGUUUGGUACAACAGAGUGUUCCAAGUCUCCAGCUAAAUCUUAGAAGAUGAGGCAAGAGAAGUGGAAUUCUUUGGCCCUCAGAACUUUUGAACGUAAACAAUCUGCCUGCCAAAGAAAUCGAAUCGUCCUAGAAGAUGAAACCACAAAGUUCUUCAGUCCAUGAUCAUCUGUGGACAUAUAUUGCCAUGGUCAAGUUGCAGGUAGUUUCACUUGGUGCUGACAGGUCGUCAGGAGUAAGGGCCAGUCCCUUUCAGCGAGUGCAUCAAGAAUCAUUCCACUUGUGUAUUGUGCUGUUUUCUAUAUGAAAAUGUUGUACAUCGGGUCGAAGAUCUCACUAGUUACUGAUAAAUAUCAACUAUGAGAUGCAAAUCUUGAUUGCAUGGAAACCGGGCAGGCCUGCGCCUAUCUAUUUCUGUUCGUUUGUACCUCAAUAACAAGGAUGCUUUAUUUAACCUAUGCUCCCUAACAAAAUUUAUAUUGUCUA